CCUAAAUUGCAAUGCAAGUUUGAGAGACACAUCAAAAGUCCAACACACACACAUUCAAGAUACAAAUCACCACAUUCAUUCAUAUUCAUAUAUACCUAGACUUUCAGCAAGGAAUCUGAUUUCCCCAAAGAGCAAAACUGUUUUUUCUUUUCUUUUCUUUGUUGUGCCACAAAACACAAACUACUCAGUUAAAAAGACCAAAACCAAAAGAGAAAAAACAAAGACGACGACUUCAUAGCAUAGCAUAGCAACGUCGACAACAACAACAACAACAGGAACUUAUUUGGGUCUUAACAUCUGGAUUCAAGUCAAGGCUUUUUUCAGCUAUUUGUCGCAGUGAUCACUUUGGGGUAUUUGGAUUGGUAGCAAUACAUUAAGAUGAGGGAUGGCAAGAAGUCAAAUAAUAGAGGGUUGCAAAAGUCCAUUCAUCCAAAGGCGAAAUCUGAGUCAAAGCUAAAUUCAUCCUUGAGAGUCAAAUCAAAAAGCACAAAGUGUCAAGGGAAGAAGCAUAAGCUGAAACCAAAAUCUCACACACAAAGAAAUGCAUCUAACAUGUCAAGGAAGAGAGCUACUGACCCUUCCAUCAAAGGGCCUAACAAGGAGCCUUCAAAAAAGAAAUUGAUUAUUAGGUUUAGUUUGCAUGAAACUGAUGAUAAAUCUUCAAAGAAGUUGUCCUCAAAGCUAAAGGGUGAAAAGGUUUCUUUUAGGUCUAAAAAAGAGGGUAAAGAUGUUGAUGGCAAGGUAAAGCUUCAAAACAGAAAGAGAAAGAGAAAAAAGAAAAGGCAGAGGAAUAAUGCAGAUAUCGAUGAUGCUUCUCGCCUCAAGAGCAGAACAAGAUAUCUAUUAAUCAAAAUGAAGCUAGAGCAGAACCUUAUUGAUGCUUACUCUGGAGAAGGUUGGAAAGGCCAGAGUCGAGAAAAGAUUAGGCCAGAAAAGGAGCUACAAAGAGCUCGAAAGCAGAUUUUAAAAUGUAAACUUAGUAUUCGUGAUGCUAUUCACCAAUUGGAUUCUCUUAGUUCGUUGAAUAGCAGCAAAGAUUCUGUCAUUGUUCCAGAUGGAUCUAACUGCCAUGAACAUAAAUACUGUCAGAAGUGCAACUUGAGAGAAGCUCUUCGAGAUAAGGAUAUUAUACGAUGCGAUGGUACAUGCAAUCGCACUUUUCACAAAAAAUGUCUUGAUCCUGCCUUAGACACUGAAAAUAUUCCUCCUGGAGAACAUGGCUGGCUUUGCAAGUUUUGUGGAUGUAAGAUGGAAAUACUGGGGGCAAUGAAUGCUCAUCUUGGAACUCACUUCUCCUUACACAGUACUUGGCAGGAUGUAUUCAAAGAAGAGGCUGCUAAACCUGAUGGUGAUACUGCGUUACUGAACCCUGAGGAAGAAUGGCCAUCAGAUGAUUCUGAAGACGAUGAUUAUGAUCCGGAGAGGAGAGAGGUCUGCCAUAACAUCAACACAGAAGGAAGCAAUGAUGAUGCAUCUAAUAAUUUAAGCAGUUCUACCAGUUUAUGUUCUUCGGAUGGUGAAUGUUCUCUAGUAGAUGAAGGUUUCAACCAUGAAUAUUCAUCUCUUGAUGGAUGCAUAGAUUCUAAUGAAUCUGAGGAAAAUGUCUGUGGCCCCAGGCAGCGAAAAACAGUUGACUACAAGCAACUUUAUGAUGAAAUGUUUGGGAAGGAUGCUGCUGCAUGUGAACAAGUGAGCGAAGAUGAAGACUGGGGUCCUACUAAAAGAAAGCGACGAGACAAGGAGUCUGAUGCUGUUGAUACUCUCAUGACUUUGCAUGAAUGCCAGAAUAGAAUUCACAAUAGUGAGAACAUCAACAUGGAACGAGAAGGUUCUCCGAGCAAACAAAUCAAGAGGUCUUGUUUUCGGAUUCCUCGUGAAGCAGUUGAGAAGCUUCGCCAAGUCUUUGCAGAGAAUGAACUUCCUCCAAGAUCCACGAAGUUGGCUCUCUCGAAAGAGUUGGGACUUGAUAUUGAGAAGGUUAGCAAAUGGUUCAAAAAUGCACGUUACUCGGCACUCAAAAGCAGAAAGCAACACACAGAGGGAGCUGAUCCGCCUCAGACUUCUGGUUCAAAGGAUAACAGGUUACAAGACUUGGAGAGAGCUGAGGUUUCGAAACCAAAGGCAUCAGAAAAUAUUAUUAAUCAUUCUCUGAAGAAUGGUAAGGCUGUCAAUGGUAGAAAGAAAAGACGAUCAGAAGUAUCUCCAACCCAGCGAGAAAAGGGCGAUAAGGAGUUGGAGGAGCUCAGUGAUGAUGUAUGCUUGAUGAAACUGUUGAAAAAUAAAAAGAAGAGGUUGAACUCUGCAUUUGAAGGGCACUCACAUACAGCAGAGUUGGAAUUUGAAAAACUGAGCAAAGUGAAGGCUAAAUUGGAUAAUUUGAGGCAAAAAUUAACUGCAAUUCUAAAUUACAGGGCAAAUGCUUCUAAUGCAUCCCAUUCUAAUGAACCAUCAAUUAUGUAUGUGCCCACUGCUGUGUUAAGGGAAAAGGUUGCAUAGUACUUUUUUGGUUUCUCUUUUAAUUUUUUUGUUUACAUCAACACAGCAGGGUAAGAAAUUGUACUACAUGUUCAUUGUUAAUCCAAUUUUCAUGCCUCACCUUUUAUGUUUAGAGGAAGCAAUUGUUUUGAAGUUUAAUAAUAAUCAAAUUAUUUA